AUGGUCCAAACUGUUUCGCCCAAUCUACCAAUUACGAAGAUUCUCUCACUGUACAGACUUCUUUUAAUACCUAAUGGGGAACAAUUGGGAUACUGGUUUGGUGAUGAUUACCACGAAUUGCACUCUUCAAUAAUUAAUGUAACAAAUACAAGUAUAAAUAUGGUAUCACAUCGUGUGACUGCUUCACAAAAUGAAAUACAUUCCAUAACACAGAAUAAACAUCCUUGGGGAAUCUUUUUCACUGUUUUGGGUACAGUCUUAUUAGACUUCGACGCGGAUGCGUGCCAAAGCCCAGCUAGAGCAUAUUUGUUGGACAUAUGCCUUCCAGAGGAUCAUGUUAAAGGGCUUUCUACUUUUACAAUAAUGGCGGGCCUAGGCGGAUUUAUGGGGUACUCAAUGGGAGCCGUCGACUGGGAUACAACAAUAAUUGGUCAAAAAUUAGGUGGCCAUAUAAAAACAGUAUUCACAUUAGUUACUUUCAUAUUCAUUUUUUGCGUAACACUAACAAUUACAAGCUUUAAAGAAAUUCCAUUAUGGGUUAUAGCGGAUUAUACAAAUGACAAACAUCAAAGAGAAAACACUUCUAAUGAUGACGUGGAAGCAUAUAGUGCCGUAAAUCAGUUAACAUGUAACGAUGAGGAGGUAAGUGUAUCUUAA